UGGCGGCCUGUCGCCCGCGUGGCUGGGGCACCUGCAGAAAGUGCUGUCGCUGAGAGGUGCCCGUGUGGGUCACCGCUGCGCCAGGGAGGGCAGAGGGCGAGGUCGCCCCUGGGAGGCAGAAGGGGAGCCAGGAGCCAGUCCUGGAAGGCAAGGAGUGAGAGUGAAGGGUGUUUCGCUGCGUCAGCGUGGCCCGACCGCCCUUGGGAGGAGGAGCCCAGGGGCCAGGGCGGCGCGGGCCACCCUCGCCUCCCACCAAGGGCGCUGAGCACGCAAGCCCGCCGGCCCAGCGGGGUUAGCCGGGCCCCGGCCCAGCCGCUGCCCUCCGCAGGCGCUCCUACUCUCCCGGCUUCUGCAGUCCGAGCGGAAGGGGCGGGAACGCCGGCGACUGCCGAGGGACGAAGCGCAAGCUCGGCUUCCCUGGGCAGCUGGCGGCCUCCUUCCUCUCGACGCAGACGCGCUGCCCAGGAGAGGGCGGGCCCGGCGGGUCGCGGGGCGGGGCCGGGGUCCGAACCCGGGCCCGCCUCCGCCUCCGCCAGCACUGGUGAGCCGCCGAGUGCUAGGCACCGGGCUGUUUUGGGGGCUCCAGAGUUUGCCAUCGCUUCCAGAACUAAGCCACCCAGACACCAACAUCCCGAAAACCCCAACCUUCUCCCAUGGCAGGCUACUUGCCCCCCAAAGGCUACGCCCCUUCGCCCCCACCUCCCUACCCUGUGACCACUGGGUACCCAGAGCCGGCGCUACAUCCUGGGCCCGGGCAGGCGCCAGUGCCCGCCCAGGUACCUGCCCCAGCUCCCGGCUUCGCCCUCUUCCCCUCGCCCGGCCCCGUGGCCUCGGGAUCUGCUGCCCCCUUCUUGCCAGUGCCAGGGGUGCCUUCUGGCCUCGAAUUCCUGGUGCAGAUUGAUCAGAUUUUGAUUCAUCAGAAGGCUGAGCGAGUGGAAACGUUCCUAGGCUGGGAGACCUGUAACCGGUAUGAACUGCGCUCUGGGGCCGGGCAGCCCCUGGGUCAGGCGGCCGAGGAGAGCAACUGCUGCGCCCGUCUGUGCUGUGGCGCCCGCCGGCCGCUGCGUGUCCGCCUGGCGGACUCCGGGGACCGCGAGGUGCUGCGUUUGCUCCGCCCGCUGCACUGUGGCUGCAGCUGCUGCCCCUGUGGCCUCCAGGAGAUGGAAGUCCAGGCUCCACCAGGCACCACUAUCGGCCACGUGGUACAGACCUGGCAUCCCUUCCUCCCCAAGUUCUCCAUCCAGGAUGCGGAUCGCCAGACAGUCUUGCGAGUGGUGGGGCCCUGCUGGACCUGUGGCUGUGGCACAGACACCAACUUUGAGGUGAAGACACGGGAUGAAUCCCGAAGUGUGGGCCGCAUCAGCAAGCAGUGGGGGGGCCUGGUCCGAGAAGCCCUCACGGAUGCGGAUGACUUUGGCCUACAGUUCCCACUGGACUUGGAUGUGAGGGUGAAGGCUGUGCUGCUGGGAGCCACAUUCCUCAUUGACUACAUGUUCUUCGAGAAGCGAGGAGGCGCUGGGCCCUCUGCCGUCACCAGUUAGAGGCCACCAUGGUGUGAGGAGACCAUCGCCUCAGCCAGAACUCCAGAUGGUCAUCUGCCCUGGCCCUCCUCUGGGCAGCCCCUUUCCUCCAUGUACACUGCAGGGGACAGAAGGUGGCCCCCAUCCCUACCCUACUCCCUGGCCUCCUGCCCCUGUGGUCCCCAAGGAGGGGCAGCCCUUCUCCUGCUACCUCCCACCACUGCCCCAGCAGUCCCUCGGCACACAGGCAUAACAGCUGUCAAACUUUCCCUACGUACGCCCUCCCACCCCCUUUCAGGGCCUCUGCUCCAAAGGAGGCCUCUGGAACCCUGGACUCUGGGGUUUUAUAAGAGGGCUGGGGUGGGGAAGGGCAAGCUGCACCAAAGACGGUGGACAUAGCCACCCCACCCCUGCAUCUGCUCAGCUAAUUAGUUCAGCUUCAGACCGUGGCACUCAAUGGGGUCUCCACCUCCCCAACAAUAGCUGCAGGGGGACCCCAGUGCCAACUUCCUCUCCCACUAGGGCCCUGCCCUCAGCUGGUGCUUGCUGCUCUUCCUGUGCCUUAUUUAACCGCCCUUCCUUCCCUUGCCCUAGGAAAAAGGCUGCAUCUUUGUAUGUUACAUUCAUAUAAACUUUGUAACUUUUUGGACAUUG